AUGGUGUCUUCUGCCUUUAACAUUGUGUUUGUCCACCAUAUAGCAAAUGGUCUUGGCCUGAAGGCAUGUAAGAGAAGAUAACAAGUGGUUCCUGUGGGUAGACGCAAAGUGUUGGACUCUUUAGCGUGGUCGGAGAGACAAUUACUGUUUGGCAACACUCACUCGCUGAGACCACAGCAUUCCGGUUUUGUCAGGGAUACGACCAGAAUCCUGGUUCCUUCAAAAUACUGGGAAACAACUUUUUAAAAUCCUGAAAUGUCAAGCGAAGCCAUAAAAUCGUCUUAAAUCUAAUAAACUCGAUCUUCUGACAGCAGAUGGAUAGCCUUGAAUUUGGCCUCUGCUUUGGCUAACUCGGCUAAGGCCUCACUUUCAGAAAGCACAGUGUGUACGUUAGCAGCUGGGGGCUUAAAACCCUUUUUAUGAGAUUUUAAACUGUUAGAUCUUUGAUUCAUCAGACCAGAGGACAGCUUUCCCAGAUCUAGAGAAGGGUGACCAUACAUCCUCUUUUAACUGGACAUGUUCUCAUUUUUUGCAACUGGGCUUGUCCGGCUUUGUCCAGGGAGGUUUAUAAAAUCCUUCAAAUGUCUGUGGUUUUGUAUGGAAGUUUGGAGUUUGUGUCGCGUGGACUUACCGAGUUAGAAACACGUAAAAGACACUCGAAAUUAGCUCUCAAAAUUAACUUUGUACGACUCUGUGACUCUGCCCCCCUGUAGUCGUGGCCUCUUUUUUGCGACUGCGUUAGUCCAGCUUUGUCCAGGGAAGUUUAUAAAAUCGCUCAAAUGUCUGCGGUUUUGUACGUAUGUUUCGAUUUUGUGUCACGUGGACUUACUGAGUUAGAAGCGUGUAAAAGACACUUGAUUGGACCCAAAAAACUCUUAGAAUUAAAUUCGUAAAAAAAAUCGACUCCAAGACUCCGCCCCUGCGUAGUCAUGUCCUCUGUUUGGGAAGUCAGAUUAUGGUCACCCUAGUCUAGUGACAGCUUCCCAGGAUCAUAUUCAGUGUUUGGAACAGUCUCAACCUGCAUUUAUGAUUGCAGCAAAAAUCAUGUCAUCAGACAGCGAUCUUUGGGGGUUAUUUUGAGCCCAUGCAGUGACUUCCACUGCAGAGUCGUGUCUGUUUUAAUACUUUUACAUUGUGGGACGUUUGUUCUGAAACUGCUGAUAAUGAAUCUUCUUACAGAGCUCAGGAAACAGCAGAGAUGAUAAUGGUAUUUUGUGUUUCUUACCUGCAUCUGCAUCAGUUUCUCUGUGUUUGAUUUCACUUCACAGAUGCUUCUCUCUUCUCUGCAGCCUGCUGGAGGAUUUUGGAAACUCACUACAUAUUCUCCCUCUGUUGCAGCGCCUAAUUCAUGAUGAUUUUACCCAGUCCUUAAUACACAAAGAUUUUUAAGUUGUAUAGAUCGGCCCCAGUGUUGGUUCAUUUCAGCAAAAUCCAAAGUAAAAGGGCGCCAUCUGUUGGCAAAAACAUGGAUCUACUUAAAUUAUCUAUAGGUCAAGGCUCAUGUAUCACACCCUCCAAACAGGGAAUAUUGUCAGCUCUGUGUGGAAGGAAGAAUAAGUUCUUAUGUGGCUUUCUUUCUUUUAAGAACGACCACAUAAAUUCAAGAGGAGUUGUUUAUUUGAUCGGCACAUUUCCACAAUAAGAAGAGUCGAUUCUUUUAUUCCCGGUAAUCUUCACAAGAAACAAGACUUUAUUUGUGAAAAACCUUUAUUCACUUUUACAUGACAUUUUUGUAACUUCUGGUAGAUUCUAGUUGAUGAAUGUUUGAGCGUCCUGUAGAGGCGUCUUUUGUUUAAGAUUUACGACAAAUCUUGGAGCGUCGGUUAUGAAAGUGUUCGACCAUCGUUCGUUGAGCUGCUGCUGCUUCAUUUUUUUUUACCUCUCUUUUAAUUCUGAUUUAAUCCACUGUCUUUCUUAAUGACCUUCAGUUGACCUUGGCCUGAUUAACUCUCCCAGCUUUUGAUUUGCAAAUAAGUUCAUUUCCUCUCCAUUGUUUAAUAGGCAAAUCAAGUCACGAAGGGUUACAGCAAGAUCCAACCACAGUCAAUGUUUGCGGCACGUCUGCAGCAUGUUGAGGCUGAUGACCGGCAAAGAUUUUUACUGUGAGUAUGAGCUUCAGAUUUUAAUGUAAAAUUACUCUUGUCACAGAAAUUGAACAAAUACAGGCUACAUCUGAUAAACUUUGUUUUAUAUCUAAUGUUCACAAGAUACGACAAGACUGAAGAGUAAGUCCAGGAUUCUGAAACGAAUGAAUAAAAGACACAGGGAUCACAGUUAACUUCAACAAAUGCUUUUGAACUUAUUUUAAUUCAACACCUGAGCACUGCGAUUGCUCAGAAGGGGCUGAUUUGCCAAAAGCAUCAACAUGCCUGACUGAGUCGUCUUAUUUCUUCUGUUUCAAAGUUGUUCUCCUCCAGUUAUGGGCUCUCCCAGUCCUCCCAGUCCUCUCAGGUAAGACUCGUUCUCUUCAGAAUAAUAAUUAAAGACAAGGAUUCAAUUGUUUCAAAAGCAGUGGUCAAAAGUGCAUCACAUCGUCCGCUAAAGAAAUCAAUUGUUCUGUCUCCCUGAAGCUUCUUUAACGAAUGUGGCGUUGACUGGAACAGCGUCUCAGUCAGGCAUAAGUCACGAUGGUGAAGCUUCAUUGGCAAUCGAUGGGAAUAAAAACCCUGACUAUGCUGGGGGAUUCUCCUGCACCCACACUCUCUUUGCUAACAGCCACUGGUGGAGGUUACUUCUGCCAGCAGUCUACAGGGUCUCUCAUGUUGACAUCACCAACCGGGAUGAAUUAGCGGAACGGAUAAAUGGCGCUGAGCUCCUCAUUGGAAACAACGCCCAAAACAACGGCAACAACAACCCAAGGUAAUCUGAGAAUAUCUGUGUCUUGUCUUUUGCUCUGGAUGGCACAGUGGUCUCCAGAGCAAAACCAGUGUUCAGAGCUCCCCCUGUUGGUGAGCUGCAGUACGCGAUAUCACCAACGAUCCUUCGAAUUUUCUCUGCUUUUGUCAGAUGUGCCGUUAUCGACAGCAUCGGAAGAGGACAGACAAGAACCUUCGACUGUGGGGGGAUGAUUGGUCGAUUUGUCAACGUGAAACUUGAGCGCCCAAAUACUAUAUUGACACUUUGCGAGCUGGAGGUAUACGGAGGUUAGUAAAUCUGUAAAUCGAACCGUUACCGAACUCAAUCAAAGGAGGAAGAGUGUUCGGAUGGAAAAACCUGACUUUUCGGAGAUGUUUCAUGAAACUAGAUCUACUGUCACUGAUGUUUUGCAGAAAUAGCCGCUCCUGCUCCGUCCUUCAGCGCCGUGGUGAUGGGUCGAAGCGUAGCAGUGGUGGAGAAGGAGCUGUGUUGGUCCGACGCUCUCUUCUACUGCAGAGACUUUUACUGGGACCUGCUCAGCAUACGCAGCGAGGAGGAGCAGAGGGAGGUGGAGGAGGUGCUGAGGAGCGUGUCCUUCCCUCUCACUGAGCGUGUUUGGUUGGGCCUGCGCAGGUAACAACUUCAAGACUUUCUGUUUGCUCUUCCUUGGGUCACAAAUAUCGUCCUUAGUUUGUGAUGUUAUUUCUGACUUUAAGGUACCUGAUGGGGAAAACCUGGUUCUGGAUGUCUGGUGAUACCGAGAACUUUGACUACUUUGAGACACAAUCGAUCUGGGAGGACACCAGUCCGUGUGGCGCCAUCGACACCAGCGACCGCUUCCACUGGGGGGAUCUUCCAUGUGAAGAACACCGUCAUUUUAUCUGUUUGACAGGUAACGAUCAACCCUCGUCUUCUUCUCUCUUUAAUAACCUCGAGGUUGGAUUUUUGGACCCCAACUGUUUGCACAUCUCAUACCUCUGGGUUUCAUUUUAAAAAAGGAAGUGUUUCUUAUCAUAGAUAUGCAGAUGACACACUCAUCUACCCUGAAAAUAAGACUGAGAUCUUUGUGCUUCCUGUGACGUGUCCUCGAUCAACCUCUGCUCCCUGCAAACAUGUGUCAAACCCACAGAUACCGAUCUAGCCAGAGAUUUUAGAACAUCUUGUUUUUACCAUCUGAGGCUUUUAAUCCGUUCUAUCUUCGAAUGAUUUUGAGCGAGGAGUACAUGCUUUGAUCUCAUCAACCACAAUGUUCUCUCUCCCGUCAGCCAUACCUCUUCUCAUGCAAGGUUUGUUCAACUGGUUACACUGCCUUUUCUCUUACGCUCAUUAAAGGCAUGGUUGAUGAUUGGAGAAGCAGUUGAAAAAAACUGAGCCGUUGAGGCAGAUUUGGAAAAAGCGUCCCACUCCCCACACACAAACCUCCCCCCUGAACCUGUAUCACCCUCCCCACGACACACCCCCUCUGACAGAGCAAGAAGCCGGCAGGCAGAAGAUCCUACGCUAGCUUCAAACAGGAUUCACCAUGUCGGAUUUCUAGAAGUGCGAUAAUGUUCUGUUCGAUGUACUGUUCUGUUCCCCUAAAUAUCGCUUCCGGGACAGAUGGCUCCCAUUGGUCAAUGUUUUUUCAGCCCUGCACCUGCUACGUUGAACAGAUUUUUUCCGUUCUUUUUUCUCUUCACUUUGUUGAGAUCGAAGCAUAGGACAAGAUCACCAUAGAAACAAGGUUCAUAAUAAUUACCAAUCUCUCCAAUCAUCAACCCUACCUUUAGUCUGAACUUUCACCUCUUCUCCUCUUUAUAUUCACAGACUAUCAGCCCGACGAUGAAAGAGUGGAGUUUUACAGCAGCACCAGACCAUGA